GGGCGGCGGCGGCGCUGCGCGCGGGGCGGCGCGGCCAUGGGCGAGGCGGAGGGCGGCUCGGCGGGCGCCGUGGAGAAGCCGCCGCUGCCGGCGGCGGGGCCCGGGGCGGCGGCGGCGGUCGCGGCUGCCGCCGCCGCCGUUGCGGCCGCCGCCGCGGCAGCCGCGGCCGCCCCGGAGCCCGGCGUGCCGGCGGAAGAGGCGGUGGUGGUGUGGAGCCCCGAAGUGGAGGUUUGCCUCUUCCACGCCAUGCUGGGCCACAAGCCCGUAGGUGUGAACCGCCACUUCCACAUGAUCUGCAUCCGAGAUAAAUUCAGUCAGAAUAUCGGACGGCAGAUUUCCUCCAAAGUCAUUUGGGACCAUCUGAGCACCAUGUACGAUAUGCAGGCUCUUCACGAAUCUGAGAUUCUCCCGUUCCCUAAUAUAGAGAAGAAUUUUGUUCUUCCUGACGAAAUGAUUCAAGAAGUGAGAGAAGGAAAAGUAAUGAUCGAAGAAGAAGUGAAAGAGGAAAUAAAAGAAGAGAUGGAGACUCAUGCAGGCCCAGAAGAAGUUUUUGCACCUUCUGGAAAUUUAGGAAAAACAAGUGAAAAGCCAAGCGGCAAAGAAAAAGAGAAGACUUCGUCAGACUCUGGGUCCAAAGAAGGACCCGAUAAGAGGAAGCGCAACAGAGUCACUGAAAAGGUCUUAAAUGCAAACAGUAAUCCUUCCAGUCCAAGUGCUGCAAAACGACGCAGAACGUAAAGCCCUGAAAGAGAGAAGUAUUUAACUAUGGAACAUGAAGAAGGAACGUUUAAAAGUGGACACCAGGAAAGACAUUACUUGGACUUUCUAAGAGAGGAAAAGGUAUCUGAGCCAGGUAUUUGAAGAAUCUGCACAUUGGCUUUAUACAUGCAAGAGUUUGCCUGUCUUUCCCGAUUUGUUUGUUAGUCAGCACUGAGUAGCUGAACGAUAGCUACCUUCUCAGGGCAUUGAGAGAGGACGCUGGCAGCUUUAUAAGUUUAUGCGUACUUAACAGUUCCAGUGGUUGCCUUUUAAACCACUAACACACUGUGUCAGCACAGCUCAUGAAGCGAGUGCUCAGUGAAACAAGGAAGCUCGAUUCAUGAAAAGCUUAGGUUAUUUCUGUAAAUUUUGGAUCUUUUUCUUGCCUUUGUUUUGUUGCUUUCUUUGAAUAUUACAGACCCUCUAUGGGUAACAUUUGGCUGUUUUACUUAUUGCAGACGUAGCGUUUGUAUCAAAUGUCUGGCUUUGUUGGUUCAGUAAAAGUCUUUUAAAUCCA